GCCAAAACUUUAGAGAAAUACGGCUAGCUAAGAUAUGUAACUACCAGUUUUGCAAGUAUUCAUUAUUUUGCUUUAAUUACUAAUGUUUAUUAUUUAGUAUUAUUGCACUUUCAAGACUCUUAAUUAACAUUUGAUUAUGUGCGCAAGGAAGACACAAAACGGCGUCAUCCAAUGUUUAAGAUACGUUGCAACUAAUCAAUAAUAAUACAGGUACCUAUUGUAGUAAAGCGUAGGAAGUACGGUAAGCCAUAUCUUUGCCGUAGUUAACGUGUAUAGUGUAGCACGUUUAUUACACUUUAUAAAUUAUAAUUCCAUAGAUAAGAUUGUUAAAUUAGUAACAUUUGAAUUUUGAAUAAAAACAUAUCAGCAGACUUGCAAGUUACAGUGUGUCUUAACUUCCACUCAUUGGUGAUAUCAUGUACCAGAUAUCCUGUAUUGCAAGUCAACUAAGAUGAACAUAGCCAUCCCUGCAAGCUCUUACAUUUCUUCCAUGUACAAUGUACCUUACAGGAGAUGGCCGAUCAGCUCUCUGGCAUUGCUGUCAUCAUUUUUAUUGCUUUUGGAGUUUUGACUUUUGUUCUGCUUUUCAUUUUUGCAAAAAGACAAAUUGUUCGUUUUUCCUUGAAAUCUAGAAGAGGGCCUCACGUUCCAGUUGGAAAUGAUGCACCUAAGCACCUAAGACUUGAAAUUGAGCGAAGACUUGACUGUAUCAAGAAUAUAUAUACAUGCUACAACCCCACACUUCUGAAGUUGGAUGAAGAAACAUUUCCUGAUCCAAACUGUAUGGAGUCAAUAACUCCAGCUCACCUAUAUAGAAUGUAUGCAUUAGAGAGUUUUGCUGAUUUAGAGGCUGACCUUUACCAUGCUGAUCCAUCCAAGUUUUAUCCACUAGGACAGGAUGUACGAGUGUUUCUACUUCGAUCAGCAGCAGUAGGACUUUUAAGUAACUGUGAAACAGAAGUUCUUCACCAGAUGGCAGACUUAUACCAGCAUGGAAGACAUGAGCCAUUGGAUUUCAACUUCAACCAGUCAUCAUUCUUCAAUCAACACACCAUUUUUGAGAUGAUCACUUGGAAGUUGUGUAACUUGUUUGGACACCAGUUUCUCUCUGUCUUGAGUUCAGCAUUUUGGAACAGGAAAAAAGCAAAGCCUCACGUCUCCAUUAGAUAAAUUCUGUGUUCACAACUUGUAAGAAGUUAACUUUGGUUCAUUAUAAGAUGCAUGGAAUUUGGUCCUUUUUUUUUUGGGUGGGGGUCAUGAUACAUUAUUAUAACCAUAUAAAAAUGCAACCAAAAUUCAAUUUUAAUAUAAAUAAUUAAUACUUAAGUGCAAUAUGUUAGUGUGUAAUAUUUAAAAUUGUAAGAUAACACAAAGAUCAAAUUGCAUGUAUAAAAUUUUGUAAUAAAUAAUACAGAUGCUGAUAUGGGUAUUAAAACUUUUAUUUAAAAACACAAUACAAGUAACAACGUUCUGACCUGCUUAAGUCAUAAAAGUGACUGUUAUUGAUCACAUUUUAUGGGGAUGACAGUAAUGAUAAGUAUGAGGUUGUAGAGGCAUUGUAUAUAUUUAAUUGUAUUAUUAUAUUGGUAGUCAACAAUGUAACAUCAUCCUUGAACACAUUUAAUGAAAUAACUAAUAUAGCUAUAAAAGUGUUUCAUGGUGCUGCUUUAAUAUUGGUUUAAGUUCAUGUAUUAUUAGUGCUUCUUUAAUUUUUUGUUUAUUUACGUUUGUUCUCUGUUUAAUAUGUUAGCAUUUUAUAUGUUUAUAUUGUGUGUAUUUGAGUUGCAGUGUUCAAAAUCAUGGGUAUCUUUUUGUGUUCAUUGAACUCAGUUUUCAUAUUUUGUCUUGUUUCUCCAAUACAGAAUUCAUGACAGUUGUUGAAUUGUGUUUUAUAAAUAAUGUCAGUAUUUUGUUUGUCAGAGUAGUUUUUUACAAAGUAUAGAUUUUAUUUUGGUAUGGAUGAAUUUAGUGUUUACUGUAAUGUUAUGUUUGGUUAUAAGUUUUUUCCAAAUGUUAAAAAUUAUUUUGCCACAGAUAUCUGGGAUGUAAUGUGUAGUGUUUUUUAUUGGUUGUUUUAUUGAAUUUCGGAUUGUUGAUCCUACCACUAGUAACAGCAUGCUGCUCGGAUAGCAUAAGAGACUGAUCAAACAGUACACCAAGAUCCUUUUCUUCUGUAACUCUGUAAAGGUUAUUCCCAUUAAAUUUUGAUAAUUCAUAUGCAUUAUCUUGCAUUUAUUAUAAUCAAAACCCAUCUGCUAUUUAUUUAUUUACUCAAGUCACAAAAUAUCUAAAUCCUUUU